AUGAGAGUUUAAGCUACAUCAUUUAGAUUGCCUACCCUUAAAUUAUAGCCUAAAGACCCUUAAUUUAGUCUGAGCUAUGGUGAUAAUAAUUAAUCAAGUUCUUCCAUGAUCAAAUAUUAGAGUAGUCCUCAAAGAUAUUACGAUCCAUCUCCUAUUAAAAAGAGAGUAAGAGGAAUGACGAUUGCUAUUUACAAUAGCCAAGAGAAACUUAAAACGGCAGAAUUUCGUUAUGGAAAUGAUUUAAUUACUUUGACUCAACCUCUCAACUAAAGUGCUUCAGUUGUUAAUACUGUUCGUAGAUAUAGAAGCAAACUCAAAUAAUUGAUGUACUAACCUCCAAAAGAAGAUGGAGGAUUGUCUCGAGAUCCAAGAAUUUAUUCUUUUAAAGAACCCACUGCUAUGAUUCGAUUAGAUCGUCUAACUAAGGAUCGCAGUGAUUAAUAAUUAAAGGAUAAAAUCACAUAAUUAAUGAGCAAAGUCAAAUUGCUUUUAUCUACUCAACAAUUUUAUUAAGAACCUCAUCAAUAGGAUACUUUCUAAGUAACCAUGGUUCGCCUUAAGGAUGAAUACGAUUGUUUAUAUCAAGAUUUCAAUGAUUACUAUGUAUAAAAUAAAAAGCUUGACAAUUAAGUCAUGUAACUGUUCAACCAUAUGGAAAUUAUUAAAACACUUCUUAAACCAAAAAGACCCAUAAUAACUAGAAAAGAAUCUCUUAUUAAUUUUGACGAAGUUCCUAAAGAACCAUCAAUUCCAGAAUCUUCUGAUAAAAUAUAAGAAACUCUUAAGUUAUCUUAAAUUGAAUAUGUCCUACCUCCAUAACCUCAAUAAACCCCUAUUAUCUCUAAUUAGGAAUCACAUGAAGAAAGUGUAUUUACUCCUCUUACAUCAAUAUAAUUAAAUGAAGAUCAACCACUUAGUGAUCUAGAUAAAGAAUAAACUAAUCAUGAUAGUCCAUAAAGUCCUAAAAAAAGACGGAUCAAAAAUAAAAGAAGUCCUCAGAAAUCUUAAAAAUCAAUUAUCUUAUAGCCUUCUGUUUAAGAUUUAUCUUUAUUAGAUUUACAUCCUUAAUCCUCAUAGUAAUAAUAAUUAAGUUCAAGAUCUAAAGUUCCUAUUGAAGAUAUUCCUUUAAAAUCUGUCCGCAGUACUUAAAGUGAUUAAUUACCUGAAAUUGAAAAACAGGAGGAAACUUAAAUAUCUGAAAAACCUCAAAUAAAAAGAUAAACCAGCAAUCUUGGAUCUCUCAACAAAAGAAGAAACACAGUUCUCGAAAAUAAACAUGGAAGAAGAACCUAAAAGGGUACUACUAUCAUCUCUGAAUAAGAUGAUAGUUAAUCUGAUUAGAGUGAUAGUCAAAAUCAAUAAAAAGAAGAGAUCAUUGAAAAUUUAGAAGAACAACAAUAAGAAAAUUAAACUAAUUAUAAUAAUAACUACUACUACAAUACUCUUUUAGAUAAAUUGAUCGAAUCAGAGAACAUUUAUAGAUUCCCCUACUAUUAGACAUGGGAAUUUCAUGAUGAUCAAAUUAUUUAGGGAAUUGUUUUUGGUGAAUUUGAUUUGUGA